UCCCAGCCCAGCUUUACCACUCUUUCAACAUCUCAUAAGCAAUUCAUAACUGUCACUUGCGAGCAAGGGCGAGUUAUGUGGUCAGGAGAUCGCCGGGGAAGAAGCCGAUUGGAUAUUUUGGAGGAAAGUUCUGAAGUAUAAAUAGAGCAUCUUCAUCUCUCAAGACUUCAGAUACCUGAUCGAACAGGAACUCGACAGAUUAAUUUCACUCAAUUGAACUUGUAGGUUACUGGAGACUUUUUUAUUUUAAAUCUUUUGAACUUUGAAUUUCAAACCUCAAUAAUAGACGGAGACAUUGAAAAAUCUAUAUUUUUGCAUCAAUAAAUAGGCUACAUACAUUUUUCUCUCUACAUUUUUAUUUGAAACUGGUACACGCUGGCGAUGUGGUGGAUGCUGUUUCCCCAGUGGAUCUGGUUCUUGUUGGGGCAGUGCCUGGUUCUGUGGUUGGACCAGCGGGUCAGGGCCAUGUCUGUAGCCGGAGUAGCCUACUCCCAUGCCGGCAUCUGCCCCAACGAGAUGAACCCCAACCUUUGGGUAGACGCCAUGAGUACCUGCAUGCGGGAGUGCGAAUCUGACCAGGAGUGUGAGAAAUUUGAGAAGUGUUGUCCCAACGUAUGUGGGAACCAGAGCUGCGUGGCGGCACGCUACAUGGACGUUAACGGGAAAAAGGGUCCAGUGGGCAUGCCCAAAGAAGCUACCUGUGCCAGCUUCAUGUGCACCCAACAGGGCUCUCAGUGUGACAUCUGGGAAGGCCAGCCUGUGUGUAAGUGCAGGGACCGCUGUGAGAGAGAACCUCACUUCACCUGCGCCUCCGACGGCAUGACCUACUACAAUAAGUGCUACAUGGAUGCUGAGGCCUGCUCCAAGGGCAUCGCCCUCUCUGUGGUCACCUGUCGCUUCCACCUCACCUGGCCCAACACCAGCCCCCCGUUGCCCCUGGAGACCACCCUCCGACCAACCACAGCCCCCCUCCAGGAGACGCCCCCACUCCCGACGGAACCCCAGCCGCCAGUCAUGGCCAGCAGCUCAUCACAACAGUUGGUUACCGUGGGAGACACGGCCAGCUUCCUGUGUGACGUCACGGGACACCCGCGGCCCGAGAUUAGCUGGCAAAAGCACCAGGUGGAGGGAGAUGGAAGGGAGAGGGUUGUGAUGAGACCCAAUCACGUGAGGGGGAAUGUGGUGGUCACCAACAUUGGCCAGCUGGUGAUCUACAACGCCCAGCCUCAGGACUCUGGUGUCUACACCUGUACUGCAAACAACCCCUCUGGCUCGGCUCAUGCCCACCAUGCCCUCACCGUGGUGCCCAGAGAUCCCCUAAGGAGAGAAGAGCCCAGGAACAUGACCCACUGCCAGGCCGAGGAGUGCCAGAGGCCCCCUGACACGGUAGAGGAGUGUGGUGGGAAGGAGAGUGUGAGCUGGUACUAUGAGCCCAAAAGGAACAGCUGCUUCUCCUUCACCCAUGGCAGCUGUAACAGCAACAGGAAACCAUUUGAGACGUAUGAGGCGUGUAUGUUGUGCUGUGGUCCAGAGGUGUCUGCCCUCUGUGGCCUGCCCAGCCUGCAGGGUCCCUGUAAGGCCUACGAGCCCCGCUGGGCCUACAGCAGCAGCCAGAGGCAGUGCCAGUCCUUCAUCUACGGAGGCUGCAGUGGCAACGACAACAACUUUGAGUCCAGAGAGGCCUGUGAGGAGAUGUGCCCCUUCCCUAAGAACCACCACUGUAAAACAUGUAAACCCAGAGGCAAGAUGGUGACCAGCUUCUGUAAGAGUGACUUUGUGAUCCUGGGGAGGUUGUCUGGACUGAUGGAGGAGAGGGACUCGGGCCAAGCCCUAGUCACAGUGGAGGAGAUCCUGAAGGAUGAGAAGAUGGGCCUCCGGUUCUUCGGCAAGGAGCCUCUGGAGGUGACCUUCACCAACAUGGACUGGAACUGCCAAUGUCCCAACAUCAGCGAAGGUCAGGUCAUCGUCAUGGGAGAUGUGAGGGACGGCAUGGCCGUGCUGCAGUCGGACAGCUAUGUGGGAGCGUCGAACACACGCCGGGUACGGAAGCUCAGAGAGGUCAUCACUAAGAACACCUGUGACAUUCUCAAAGAGUUCCCCGCCAUUCAGUAGACCAGGGGUAGAGGGAUGGGGGUGCUUUGAUGACAAUUGCACACACACAUACAUUUAUUUUUUAUUUAAAUGUUUUAUCCUUUUUCCUACCCAAAAGAUUGCAUUCAACGCAGACGUCAAAGUUCAAAGCAGAAAGUAAAUAAAACCGAAAAAUGUAACACAGCUCUGUACAUAAUGUACCUUGCUCUGAGAGUUUCACUUGAACAAAACAUUCUUAAAGCGCCCUGCCAGCCUGUCUGUUUAUCCCAAUGCUCUCUGUUGUGGUCUGACUGUUGGCUUCUAAUUGAAAAAGCAUGUAUCAGAACAGAGGAGACAUUCAUCAAACCCUCUAGUUGUCUAAUUCCCUAUAGACUCGGGACUUUUCCUCCUCCGCCUCUCCUGGUGCAUCUGGAAAUCGACCAAGCAGACUUUUGCUCUUUGGAAGCACUGCACAGAAACAAAAUGUUCUGAUGUUUGUGUAUAUACUUUACUUUAAGAUUGUUUUUGUUGUUGUGAUGUUUGUUUUCGUGUUAUUGAUCUUUCACUGUGGAUGAUAAAGCUUUUUCCUUACCUCUCUGGUAGAACCGAUGACAGUGUGUCUGUGUAAUAUACUGUAUGAUUAAGUUGUCAGUGCACCUGAUUAAGUUGUAAUAUAUUCUCUCAAUGGUUGAUUGCUACAUUUUCCAAGAAUCAGAAUGAUCUAUUAACAAUAAGGUACGUUAAUGCUUCCUUUUGAUAUGUUGCUAUUUAUUGUACCGUAAUCUUUUUGCUCUGCUGUUGACUUGCUUUUAUACUUUUAUCCCAAAGCACAUUCUCUUAAUUUGUUUUCUUGUUGGAAUGUAUGUUCCUUAUUUGUAUUUUGUGUAAUAUUUUAUGAUGUCUUGUAUAAGAUCAAACAGGGAUAUCCAUAUCCCUGCGUUGUCAUGUAAGUAUAUAAUAAAAUAUUAGAUUCUGUCUCUACUUUGAUAUUUUACUGUUUCAUAAAAUGAAAGAAAUGAUUGGAAUAUACCGCAGGAAGUAAUAGGGGGGGAAAUUACAGGAGAGAAUGAGGAAAUACCUUCACACAUUUCAGCUAUAAUUAUACUGAAUAAAAAUAUAAACGCAACAUGUCAAGUGUUGGUCCCAUGUUUCAUGAGCUGAAAUAAAAGA